GGCUGCGGCAGCUCCGGGAGUUGGAGGGACGGGGCCGGGCGGCCGGUGGCCGCCGCGCUCGCCUGACCUGCGUGCCCCGCUGGCCGCACCGGGCUGCCCCGAAGGAUGUCCGCCCAGUCCAAGGGGACCGCAUCCUCCUCCUCCUCGCCGUCCGAGGGGCCGCCGGCAGCCUCCAAAGCCAAGGUGAAGGAGCAGAUCAAGAUCAUCGUGGAGGAUUUGGAAUUAGUCCUGGGGGACCUGAAAGAUGUCGCCAAGGAACUUAAGGAGGUGGUUGACCAGAUUGACACACUGACAUGUGAUCUGCAGCUGGAGGAUGAGAUGACAGACAGUUCCAAAACAGACACCCUGAACAGCAGCUCCAGCAGCACAACAGCCUCCAGCCUGGAGAAGGUCAAGGUGCGGGGCAGCGCGCCGCUCAUCAAGCCGCCUGCGCAGCCCUGUGCCAUCCUCACCGUGCUGCGGAAGCCGAACCCGCCCCCGCCUCCGCCCCGCCUGACGCCGCUCAAGUGUGACGAGCCGCCCCGGCCUCCCGCGGCCAACCCAGUCAAGACCAACGGCACUUUGCUGCGAAAUGGGGGCCUGGCCGUCGGGCCCGGCCGCGUCCCGAAUGGAGACGCGUGCUGUGUACCGAACAGCAGCUUGGAGAAGGUGGUGAUGCCGCCGCUGGUGCACAGAGCUGAGAAGGAGCGGUGUCCCCAGGCCGGGGCGAGGGAGCGCGUUCGGUUCAGUGAGAAGGUGCAGUACCACGGCUAUUGCCCCGACUGUGACGUUCGGUACAACAUCAAAAACAGGGAGGUGCAUUUGCACAGCGAGCCGGCCCGGGCUGCAGGAAAGCUGCCACCUCCUCCACCUCCAUUGCCUCCAUUUCUUCUGGAAAAUGGAGGGUUGGGGAUAAGUUCCAGUAAUAGCUUUCCUCCUCCAAGACCUGCAACUGUGCCUACACAAACUGUACCAAAACCCCAGAAGACCAUCUUGAGGAAAUCAACCACUACAACAGUGUGAAGUAUGCCCCUUGUAAUAACUCUUUGUUUUUUCCUAUAUAUAAGCGUAAAUAGGUAAUGAGCACUUUCUACUUGAGCAAUAAAAAGACCCAAUGUAUUACACCUUCUGUCCAGUGAAGUGGCGUAAAAAUCACAUGGUCCUACACCAGAAGCUGACUUCUCACAAGCUGCAGAGGAGGUGAAGUGUUCUGACUCUUUGACUUCCCUCCCCACAGUCCUUUGAGUAAAGCCAUAUUCUCUUGUGGAUGAGUGGAGUUACCUGACACUCAUUGCAGCAACAAAGGCAGCUGAGCCAACCGUUCUCUCCUGGAGUAAGUUUAGACAUUCCUUAAAAUAGUCUAAAAUUUGGUUCUCAAAGUAAAAUAAUUUUGGUUAUCCUGAGACUUUUAAUGGAAAAUUUCAGAAAGCUGUAACUAGCAAUUUACUGUUCAGCACACACUCUGUGUUGGUGGGUGGAGUGGUAAGACCACUCAAAAUGGAGUCUGGUGGUGGUAUGGAAAAAGGCUUUUCAGAAAUGAACUGGCAGCUUGUUAUUUGUACAUUAUAUAUUUUGCAGUUUUGAUACAGUACAUGAAAAUUUUCUUACAACAUCACUGAGCUUUCAGCUGAUUGCUGACUUACAGUUGAGGUUAGUGUAGUGAUUUAUAUGCUCACAUGCUAAGAAUUUCCUAUAUUUCUUCCUGUUCUUCUGUUUCUUUGUUUUCUUAUUGGAAAAUUGCUAUGGCACAGGUAAAACUGUUUACAGAAGUAAAUUUAGUAUCUUGACUUUCAGUGAUGCUUAUAAAUUGAUGCCUUUUUUGUUAUCUAGGGAAUGUAUUUUGAAAGUUCAGUAUUCCUUUGCAAACAUUUCCUAUGUUGUUCCAACAACUAUGUUGUUCCAAUUAUUGAUACAGAUGCUUCAGGUUAUUAUCCAGGACAUGUUUGUGGCUACAAAAUACAAGAAUUGGACAUAAAAGCAGUUGUUCCAGUUUUCAACACUAAAAAAUUAUUGUAUUGCUCUUACCUAGAUGCUCUUUGAGAUAUUAAGAGUUAAGAGAUGCUUAGAUAACUUUAAAGGGAAGUGAUUCUGAGGAAUAAUAUAUUUUUAAAUAUCAGUAGUGAAGAAAGUUUGCCUAGGUUUAGCAACAUAGGUAUCUGCUGAGGAAGGCAGAAGCCUCCCCUGAAAUGAAAAAAUGUAGACCCCUUCCCUCCAAAUUGUUACAAAUUUGAAAUUAAGGGGCGCUCUCAGGCAAAAAUAUGGGAAUAGUAAUAAUAGUUCUUUAUGAGGGAAGAAAAUAAAAACAUAAAAUAAACAAUGCAGUAAACCAAAACAACACUGACAGAGUCAGAAUACAACCUGACACGCUGUUGGACAGCAGUCCAAUUGGGAAUUAUGGCUGUAGUCCUCCUGGAGUGCCAGGUGUGGUUCUGUUGGAGUAGUGAUCCUGUAGAAAAGGGUGUAGUCUUCCUAUGAAAAGGCAAUGGAAGAGGCAGCUGUUCCUCUGGGAAAAUCCAGCACAGAAAAAGUGGUGCUGGUGGGCCAGAAUCUCAAGACAAUAUGCAGAUAGGAAUGCUUGGCUCCUCCCUCUGGCCAGAGCAUCUCACAAUGGGAUGUUAAACUUCUUAUCAGUCAUGCAGUGACACUCAACGGCCCAUUGUCAGCAGGUGUCUCCCAGGAGGAUUGCUUGUGGAAGAGAUAAGGAAAAACUGCCCACUUAACACAAGACAACUGCCAUAUAGAUGGUAAAUAGAAUACAUCUUGUUUUUCAAUCUGGGACAAGAAAAUUCCAUCACGCUAAAGCUACAACUUUGCUCUUUGAGUUUGCAGGAGAAACAUGGAGCCAUUUUAUUUUUCAUGACUAUUUUAACCAGCACCUUCAGGCUUGAAGGAGUAUCUAUAUAUAUGGAGGUACGUCAAUUAAUUUGCAUAUCAGAUUCAUCAUUGUGACUUCUUGCAGGCCAGAUCUGAGAAGUAACCAGGAAACCUGACCCUUAGUGGAGAAUGGAAGAACCCUUGAAGUCAGAGCACAACUGAGCACUAGUGUAAUCUGCAUUUGAAUCAUCUUUCUCAGAUCUGACAGCUACAAGCUGAGUCCUGGCAAAAGCCACAGCCUUAAAUUCCAUUCAGUGGGAAGGAAGGAUAAGAGAACUCAGUGUUUUGCCCCAUUGCAGAAACUGCUGUCUCCAAGCCUGACACCUGAGUUCUGUGCUGAGCAGCCAAACAAGAAGUUUUUUAUGGGUACAGUCAGCAUCAACAAAGAUUUCAAUAUGUAGCGAAAAGGAGAAAGGAAGCACUUAGUAAUUUCAGAAAAUGGAUGCAUUUAUUGUAACAGAAGAAUGUUACUGUCUAUGGGGAAGAAGACCUCUGUCAUCCCUUGUAUAUAUCCAAAGCCAUACAGGAACAGGGAAUAAGUGAAGUCACUUAAAAGGCUGUCUCCUGUCCUCCACCCAACUUCGAGGAAGUUCUGCUCUUAGAGAUUGCAUCUCGAUGCACUUCAAUUAUUUGCACUGUCACUUCCAUUCAGGGUAAUGAUGUGUGCCACCAUUUGCACAGAUGGCCCCAGGAGAUUUUUGACCACAACAAGCUAUACUUUGCCAGGGCUUCAAAUGGAAUUUAAAAUUAGAACUGAAGAAAGACAUUUAUGCUCUCUUUCACUUUGGGGAUCUCUUCACAGAAAGGAUUACAGUCCUUUCUUAGGAUGAAAUAAAUACAUGCAUAUACAUGCAUAUACAUACAUAUAUACAUAUGUAUAUAUAUGAAAAAGCAGCAACAUGAUAAGGUGUAUUUAAAAAGGGGAUAUAAUCUUUUUUAAGAGCAUCCAUUUUUUUAUCAUAUUAGCAGACGAGAAAUUUAAUCUAUUGAAUUGUACAUAAAAAAAUGUUCCUGUUGAACAUUGACAUUUAGUCCCAGUUACUGCUAAAGAAGUAAUUUGUAAUAUGUACUUGACAUAACAUUUUUCUAGCCAUUUGUCUAUACUUCAUGGAAAAAUCAAACAGACAAGCAACAUUUUCAGUUUAUUUUUCUAAAUAAAUGUGUUGUUUGUAUUAUUUGCAGUCACUCAUUUUGGCUGAUUUUCAUGAUCUCCAAAAGUGAUUUAAAGACAGAACCAAAACACAGGGAUUGUUUGUUCUUGUUAAGCUGUAAUGAUUUGCUGAAUGAAAGCUUUAAUAUAAAUGCUGUAAUUUGUAAAAUGAUGAAGUAUAUUUAUAUAGGCAAAUAUGUAUGGAAAACAAAAGGAGGUAUUUUAACUCUUUAUUUUAAUAUCCACAGGAAGAUAUUAAAUAUAUUAUGGGAUAGGGUUUUUAUUAUCAGUGAGUUUUAGUAAGUGAAAAUUUGGAUGUGUAAGAGUGAAAUGAAUGUAAUCAAAUAAUGGUGGUUUCCCAAAUUAUACAGAGAUUUUUGCCAGCUGUCUCGUUUUACUCAAAAACUGGUUUAGUCAUUUGGGGAGCUAGGUUUUUAUGAGGUGUGUAUGUCCUAAGGUCUUUGUUUGGUGGGUUUUUUUGUUUUGGCAUACUGACAAGACCAUGAAUUUGAUAGUAUUUGCUCAUAAUUUUAAAAGCUACAGAAUAAAAGAUUGUUUCUUAGAACAAUCUACAGUUUGCAGUUAAGAGCAGUCAUUGUUAUCCAACUAAUGCAGUGUUUUGUUGUGGAGUUAUUGAACAUUUCAAUGCUAGAGCUGUUUUUAAUAAAAAUUGUUUUUCCUUUUUUUUUCUUAGUCCAUUAGCCUAUGUGUAGUUCAAAGAGAAAAGUAGUGCAUUUGUUUCCAAAUCACUUAAAUAAUUUCUUUUAAGUCCAAUUUUGUAUCUGAUUUUUAAAGCUGAAUAGCUUUUCUUUCAGUUCAUUGCUUUAUGGAAGCAUUUAAGUGCUCACUAACAGAAAAAAUAGCUUUCAACAACAAAAAUUAAUUUAAAAAGAUCUGUGGGUUAACUUUGCGAAGGGCAGAUAUCUUAAAAAUGUGUUGCUCUGCUCUAAUGUGCUAACAAAUGUUAGUGCGUGUAUGUUUUUGUGUGUGUGUGCACGCAUAGCACCCUUACCUGCUCAUGAAUGAAAUGCCAGCUCUGCCAAACUAAGUGCCACAAGUCCUGUUACUGCAAAAGAUAUUCAUGUUACUGUAUUUUUUGGUGAAAGACCUGACCUGUGUCUUUGCUUGUGAUCUGAAGCCAUAAACAGCUUUUGAAGUUUGUCAGGAAGCUGGAAAAUUAAGUAAGUUUAUGUUAGGCUCCCUCAUUUGGCAAAAAAACAGAUGAUCUUAUGAUUUGACUCUUUAUAUGAAAGUUAGUGGCCAAUUUCCUUUGGUGGAAUGGAUAAAUGAAACCUUUGUAUUUGUUAAAGAAUGAUGUCUGUGUUUUGUUCACACACAAUUUAGCUUUUGGCUUAUAGUGUUCUUACUGUGAUGUUAUUUCUGUGUCAUUAGAAUAUGUUAUUUGGACAUAUAACUGGCAUGGGCUUGGUUUUCCUCCCUUUUUGGAUAAUCUAUAUUUUAAAAUUGGAGAGCUUCUUCUUUGAGACAAGUAUUCAGUUGUUUAAGAAGGGGACAACAUUAUUGAAACAAUAAGAAAAUUUCAGAAUGAUAAUUUGAACACUUCCAUAAUUGGCUAAUAAUAACAAUUGAAAAAGCUCUUAUUUAUGUGAACAAAAUGCAUUCAUCUGUAUUUGAAAAUAGCCCAAUAAAAAUUCAGUGGAAUAAUUUGUUACUUCUUGCAAAUACUAUUCUGCUCUGCUGAGUUUUAGAUCAGCUUGUGUGUGAAAUUUUUAUUGCACAAAACACACCUAAAACUAAUGCACAGUUUUCUUCAGAAAAAUACAUGAGAUACAAAAAAUAA